AUGGCAGACGCCGGACUCGACAAAGCAGAGAGAGGGCACAUGAGUGUCAAGCUUGCCAUGGGCGAUCCUGCUACCUCUUUUGAGGAAGGUGACGAUGAGAGGCACGGUUCAGAUCUGCCUCGAGGCAGUGCUCCGUCCACCAGCAGCGUGGUAUCCUACGCCUCUUUCAGGAUUUACAUCCAGGACCAGUUAAUGCUUUUUGAGCCUGGGAGACUUUUCUACUCUGUGGCUCCGCGUGGGAUGGAUUCAAAAAUCCACAAGAUGCUGCAGCCUGUUUUUUCGCACAUCCAUCGAGAAGAUCAUUCAGAGCGCUCUGCUUUGCUACACAUAGCGCGGACCGUUCUGAAACGGUGUGGCUCGCAGGCAAGCGAUGAUUGCAGUGGAUGGCUGCGGCUUUAUGUCUCACAUUUUCCGUGUAUUUCCUGCGUGGCAGUGAUAUGCCAGUUCAUUCGCUUCUUCCCGGCGAUUCGUUUGGAGCUGGACUUCGACAACAUGUGGAAGACUCGCUUCGAAGAGAUGGCUGGAGCCAUGCGCUUUGAAAGAGAGGGGGGGCUUGCGGGGGCGCCGCCAAAGUGA